AUGCAGAAUAAGCGUGCGAGAGAACCGACGACGAAAAGACAAUGGGUCGCACUGGUCGUAGUUGUGUCUGUUGCAGCAUCUGAUUCUGAUGUUGAUGUGGACUUGGAUGUUGAUGUUGAUUUUGAUGUUGACGCUGUGCUUGAUGCUGAUGCUGAUGCUGAUGCUGAUGCUAAUGCUGUGGCUAUUGGAGCAGUUGAUGUUCCCGUGCUUGUUCCUGCUGUGAACUUCAAACUAGUACUGCUGAUUGGUGUGCUCUUGCCCGCGAUCGUCCAACUGCUCGUCUCUCCGCUUGUCCUCGUGCUUAUCACUGGACUAGUGCUUGUGCUUGUAGUUGUGCUUCUGCUCCCGCUUUUGCUUGUGUUUGUGCUUGCGCUUGUGCCACUGCUCGCGCUCACCAUCGCGCUCGUGCUCGUGUUCGCGCUCGUGCUCGUGGCUGUGCCCGUGCUUGUUGUUCUCCCUGUCGUUGUAGUUGUAGUUGUUGGUGUGUUUGUGCUCGUCGUCGGAAUUGUCCUAUCCGUGCUGCUCGUGUUCGCGCUUGUGCUCGUGUCAGGCGAUUGCGAUUGUGGGAUAUCAUUUGUUGGUGAAUUUGUUACGUCCGGUGUUGAUGCCUUUCCUGCGGUUUGUGUUGUUUCCUUGUUUUUUGAAUCUGAAAUUUUUAAUUGUUUUUCGAUUCAUUUUGAUUCAUUUGGUUUAUCCUCGUCUUCUUUUCAUUUUUUCUUGGUUCCUUUUCGUUUUUCUUCUCAUCGAGGCGUGUUUAUUUCUCUUUUAAUUCCAUAUGUUUUUAGGUUUUUAUACGUUGGUGUUAUUUUUCCCCUACAUGUUUAUUCUGUUCGGUCAUUUCAGGCGUUCACUUUUUUCCCAUCACUGGCAAUUGGCUUUUAUCUUCUUCUUCUACGGACUGCGUAA